UAUUGCAACUGAAGAAAAAAAAAAAAACACUAUUUGCUGUUUCCCUCCAAAUUGAAGGAAGGGGUUUAGGGAUAGUUUCAGCGGUCCCGCGAGCGAGGGUUUCUGCAUAAAGAAUUACUCUCUGCCUAUCUCCACCUCCCUUCUUCGACCUGUCUGUAAACAGUGACCCGCAAUGGCUUCGUCGUCUUCAUCGGCUAAUACUAGCAGUCACAGCUACGACAUUCCAUGGGUGGAGAAAUACAGGCCCCACAAAGUCGCUGACAUCGUCGGCAACGAGGACGCCAUCUCACGCCUCCAAGUCAUUGCUCGUGACGGCAACAUGCCUAACCUCAUCCUAGCCGGUCCUCCUGGAACUGGUAAAACUACAAGUAUCCUGGCUCUUGCACAUGAGCUUUUAGGAGCGAAUUGUAAGGAGGCUGUAUUGGAGCUGAAUGCUUCAGAUGACAGGGGUAUAGAUGUUGUGAGGAACAAAAUCAAGAUGUUUGCUCAAAAGAAAGUGACACUGUCUCCUGGACAACACAAAAUUGUGAUUCUGGAUGAAGCUGAUAGCAUGACAUCCGGAGCACAGCAAGCCUUGAGGCGCACUAUGGAAAUCUAUUCAAAUUCCACCCGUUUUGCUCUUGCAUGCAAUACAUCCUCUAAAAUUAUUGAGCCUAUUCAGAGUAGAUGUGCAAUUGUUCGAUUUUCAAGAUUAUCUGAUCAAGAAAUACUUGGUCGUCUCCUGGUAGUAGUUGAAGCCGAAAAGGUCCCAUAUGUUCCUGAAGGCCUUGAGGCAAUCAUAUUUACCGCUGAUGGAGAUAUGAGGCAGGCAUUGAAUAACUUGCAAGCUACAUACAGUGGAUUCCGGUUUGUCAACCAGGAAAAUGUUUUUAAGGUGUGUGACCAGCCUCAUCCGUUGCAUGUGAAGAAUAUGGUUCGCCAUGUGCUUGAGGGAAAGUUUGAUGAUGCUUGUACUGGUCUGAAGCAGCUCUAUGAUUUGGGCUAUUCUCCUACAGACAUAAUUACAACCCUUUUUCGUAUCAUAAAGAAUUAUGACAUGGCUGAAUAUUUGAAAUUGGAGUUCAUGAAGGAAACUGGGUUUGCCCAUAUGAGAAUCUGUGAUGGGGUAGGUUCCUAUCUUCAGUUAUGUGGUCUUUUGGCUAAGCUUUCCCUAGUUCGUGAGACAGCCAAAGCAGCGUGAGACAUGGUUCAAUUUCAGUAAUGUGAUAGUGAGUUGCUGAUGCAAGUAUCAGUGGUUUUUUGGGUUUGCCAUUGAAAUGUUUGUCAAGGUGGAAUCAGAGUCAUUUUGUGGGAACUUCUAUAACUUGUAACUGAAUGCUAUGGAAAUAGUAGGUAGUACAAAUAUUUACCAACGUUGCUUUGGUUUGC